AUGCUCAACCGUCCAAGGGUUACCCCAAAGCGACCGUUGGGACCGCGCAGCAACCUACGUGCGUCCGUCUCGAAACCGUCUAACAAGACAGCCAAAGUUUUUGGGCGACCUGCAUCUUUUGAAGCCGCACGGCUUGCCGCACCACUAUCUUUGACUGGAGACAAACACCCUUCAACCUCGACAUUUCAACAUGCACCUGUAGCCUCAUCGUCUUCGUCUACAAAUAAUUCUGAGGUCCAGACACCCGUCUCCCCAACUCACACUGUCGCUUCGCUCCUAAAUGAUAUGGAGACAUGUCCUCCCAGCCGUAGUGAUUCCCACCACUCCUGGGAACGAGAAAAACCUUCUAUUCAUAUAGAUACUCGUAUUAAAGGCAGUUCGGGUUUUUCCCGGGAUUCCCUGGAAUCGAAUCCACCACAACCUGACGAAGUUGGCCAAAGUAUAUAUUCAAGCCUGCGAGCACGUCUCUCUCGUGAAUCCUCAAUGGCGGCCGUGUCCCGCGGGGCGCAAUCUGUGCUCUCAGUCGCAUCUGGAGGGUCAAGCGGUUCUCGAGGUAGCAACAAAUCCUCCGACGCGUCGCAGCAGAGCGGGUCUUCUCUGCGUGUCGUUGGGAGAGGCGGUUCCGGGUCUCGUAUUCGUCAAUUUGGCCCAAAUGCCCAGAAGCCUGAUCCAACACUCAUAGUAAAGCAAGAGCAUCGACCGACUUUAAUUCGGCCUAGUGGGCGCGGUGGACUUGGUUCCAGACCCAAGCCGCUGGCUCCAUUGGUCCCCCCGAAAGAUUCCUCCACUCAGAAAUCAUCCUCAACGCAAACCGACACUCUCAUACGUCCAAGUGGUCGAGGCGGGCUUGCAUCACGUCCAAAGCCGCCCGGCGCUGUGUCAUCCCCAAGUCUCCUCAAAAUUUUGGGUAAACGUAAGGCUCGACUGGACAAAGGCAAAGGUAAAGCGAAGGAAGAACCAAGAGCAAUACAUCCUAUCCCACCUCAACAAACCUAUUCAAUCUCGAAUGGUUCGACUUCGUCUCUCAGUACUAUUCAUUUCAUCGGCGAAACUGGCGAACCUACAACGCCGUUCUUCCCCGACGACCGCUCGCUCCAUUCCAGCAAUGAAGAUAAUGGGAAGUCAAAUACAACGCCCUCAUCUCUGUUCAGCAGCGACCAAUCAUCGUCGAGGACGACAUUUUCCGAUCAUCCCAACGAGAAUGACGAGUAUAGUGAUAGUCGCCCUGUGACGCCAGUCGAUCAUCGUCAACGUAAUAUCAGCAAGCUAGCUCGUACGUUGGGCGAUGAUUUACCCAGCAGCGUUAUAUUUAAAAAUUCCACUUCACGGCGUCCUUCUGACCCUUCGCCGGUCAGAAAAGAUAGGAACUCAACUGCUUUCCGACGUGCUAGUGUAUCCAUGAGCAGCCUAGGUUCUAUGUUCAUUCGAUCUGGCGCCCGAACUCGUGAUUCCGUUAGCGCAUCAACUAUUACGGAUGAUCUCCAUCAGUUUGGUCUUGCAGACGACCUUUCUGAAUCCUGGAGAAAUAUGAACGAUUCAUCCACCUCCAUACCUCAGCCACCUGCUUCUCCCAUCGUAUUUUCCCCUCCUUCUCCGACAGCUGUGCCGAAUCCCAAGUCUACACCGGAACUUAGCUCAAACGGGCAUUCCGACGAUGAAUCCGAGGCGGAGCAAUCGAUAGAGCUGGACGCUCUGUCCUAUGCUUCAUCUACCCUGAGUCGAUCUAAUUCUUAUAGUGCCGCAUCUUCCGAACGCCCGAGCAUCGCCUCCCACAGUCGUUCGACGUCGACGUCAAUACUGAGCGAAAGGCGUUUAGCAAACAGGUCAAUAUGGUUGAUUCCUGUCAAUGACGACGACGACGAUCUUCACGUCGGACACAUUCAUCGGCUUGACGUCGCCGAAAAGCCUCAGAAUUGGUCUGGCGAAUGGAAUAACGACCUACACCAAGUCAUCAAAUCCUUACGACUGCUGUAA